GGAAAGGACCAUCCAACCACGUUCUCGCGGAAUCUCCCACUCUCGCUUCCCCACAUAUUCCACCCCCACCACCACUAAAACACACAAACUAACUACCACUACUACUUCAAUAAUCUCCAUUUUUGCCAUUAAAACGAAAAUCAUUGAGCUAUGAAGAGGUUCGUUGGAAGGGUUCGGAUCCAGUGGGUGUGGGUUAUGGUGGUAAUGCUGUGGUGUUUCGGAGGUGCAAUAUUGGGGACCGGAAAUGAGAAUAUUGCAAAGUACAAGGACCCGAAGCAGCCGGUUGGUGUUAGGGUGAAAGAUCUUAUUGGUAGAAUGACUCUACAGGAAAAGAUUGGUCAGAUGAUUCAGAUUGAUAGGAUUGCUGCUACUCCUCAUUUAAUGACCAAAUCCUUUAUCGGCAGCUUAUUAAGUGGCGGUGGGAGCACGCCGCGGCCACGAGCCAGUGCUGCAGAUUGGGUGAACAUGGUGAAUGAUUUCCAAAAGGGGUGUUUAUCCACACGUCUUGGUAUUCCUAUGAUUUACGGAAUAGAUGCCGUUCACGGACACAAUAAUGUAUAUAACGCCACCAUUUUCCCACACAACAUUGGCCUUGGAGCCACUAGGGACCCUGAGCUUGUGCGAAGGAUUGGUGAUGCAACUGCGAUCGAAGUUAGAGCAACUGGAAUUCAAUAUGCAUUUGCUCCUUGUAUUGCUGUAUGCAGAGAUCCUAGGUGGGGCCGAUGCUAUGAAAGUUACAGCGAGGAUCCAAAGGUCGUCCAAGAAAUGACGGAUAUUAUACUUGGGUUACAAGGCGAUAUUCCAAGUGGUUCGCGCAAGGGUGUUCCUUACGUCAUCGGAAAGAACAAGGUAGCAGCUUGUGCAAAGCACUUUGUUGGUGAUGGAGGAACGACGAGGGGCAUUAAUGAAAACAACACAUUGACAGACGUGCACGGUUUGCUCAGCAUUCACAUGCCUGCUUACUAUGACUCGAUUAUUAAGGGUGUCUCGACUGUCAUGGUUUCUUACUCCAGUUGGAACGGUAAAAAGAUGCAUGAAAACCGUGAAAUGAUCACCGGUUUUCUAAAGGGUACACUAAAAUUCAAGGGUUUUGUCAUAUCUGACUGGGCGGGCCUUGACCGAAUCACCUCUCCGCCACACGCCAACUAUACGUACUCUGUUCUAGCUGGUGUUCAAGCCGGAAUCGACAUGAUUAUGCUUCCGUACAAUGUCACCGAGUUCGUUAAUGACCUCACUUAUCUGGUCAAGAACAAGUUUAUUUCAAUGGACCGUAUCGAUGAUGCUGUUGAGAGGAUUUUGCUGAUCAAGUUCAACUUGGGUCUUUUCGAAAAUCCUAUGGCUGAUCUUAGCUUGGUCAACGAGAUUGGAAGCCAGGCACACAGGAAUAUUGCUAGAGAGGCUGUACGUAAAUCGCUUGUUCUACUAAAAAACGGAAAACGUGAAAGUGAACCGUUACUACCUUUGCCCAAAAAAGCCUCGAAGAUUCUAGUUGCGGGUAGUCAUGCCGACAAUUUGGGUUAUCAAUGUGGUGGUUGGACAAUAGCUUGGCAGGGAUUUAGGGGAAAUAAUGAGACAAGUGGAACAACAAUUCUCGAUGCUAUUAAGUCAUCAGUUGAUAAGAAAACCGAAGUUAUAUACAGCGAGAACCCCGACACUCAAUAUCUGAAAUCGAACCACUUCGAUUACGCUAUCGUAGCUGUCGGGGAGCAUCCUUACACAGAGACAGUAGGCGACAGUCAAACUCUGACAAUGGCCGAUCCCGGACCUGAUGUCAUCAACAACGUCUGCGGGUCCUUCAAAUGUGUCGUCGUCGUAAUUUCCGGGCGACCGAUUGUGAUUGAACCGUAUAUGUCGGUAAUCGAUGCUCUUGUUGCAGCCUGGUUACCUGGUACCGAAGGUCAAGGUGUGACUGAUGUUCUCUUUGGUGAUUACGGAUUCACAGGUAAACUUCCGAGGACUUGGUUUAGAAGUGUAGAUCAACUCCCGAUGAAUGUUGGUGAUUCGCAUUACGAUCCGCUUUUCCCGUUUGGAUUUGGACUUACAACCAAGACAAUGGUUGCAAGGUCUGUAUCAGCUGGCAUUGACGGGAGACCGUAUAUAGCUUUCGUCGUGAUUUUUCUGUUUGCGGGUUUGUACUUUCAAGUUAAAAGGAGGAAGUUGUCAAGAUCACAAGCAUCUGUUUGGCCAAGCUGGUUUUGCUCUUUUCUGUUAAACCGUUUUCAGAAUAGCCCGACGCAAAGAGGACGACGACAAGUCCAGCUGCAGACACUAUAGCAGGUUUCGUUCAACUUUAACAAUGGAAACUGCACAACCAUCUUCUCAAGUAAUAAUUUAUUUUUUGGCCAAAUGGUUCAUAAUUUUAUAAUUUUUAAUUUUUUUCUAUAUAUUUCAAAUUUGGUUUCUUGGUUAAUUUUUUGAGCUCAUAAGUUUUUUCACAAUGAUCUUAGUUUCUAGUUUAGUUUACUUCUUCGGUUACACCAUGAGGGGAUCCCUUUGUACACCUACUUUGCACAUGUUUAGUUAAUUUAUUAGUGACAUUCAUAAUUUGUUACCGAAUUAACUAUUUUAUGGAAAUUUGAGUUAUAAAAACCCCAUGUAAAAUCGAA